CCGGCGGAGCCCGGGGAGGCGCUUAGGCCCGGGGAUGGAGACAGGCCUCGGGGUGGAGACGGGGCCAGGCCGGGGCCCGGGGGUUGGAGGGGGUCCCGGACCCUGCCCCCGCUGCUUCUACACCGACAACAUCUUCCUGGAGGAGUUCCGACCCAUGUCCCGGGCCCCGCCGGUAGAGGAGCCCCCCCCCAUGUUACGAAGCAAAGGCUGCAAGACUGAGGAACAGUUUGAAGAGGUUCAGGCAAAGAUUGAUGGGGAGGUUCAGAGGAGGAGGUCGCUGGGCCGAGCCAGUGUGGAACGAGCCGCACUCAUCUCAGCACGUUACAAACCGCUGAACCCUGCUGUCUAUGUGUUGCAGGAAAGUUUCCUGGCUCCUGAAUUCCGUGCGAUUGUCGCCUAUUGCAAAAGUGAGGAUGCGGACUUUGAGGGAUUGUUGGAUCGGAUCCAGUCACUACCAGCCCAGAGGGUUUACUCACUACCGGUCUUUACCCUGGACUUCUGCGCACAGUUGCUGGAGGAGCUGGACAACUUCCAGCACUCUGGCCUGCCCAGCGGGAGACCCAACACCAUGAACAACCACGGGGUGCUGCUGAACGAGCUGGGCUUUGACGAGAGGUUUGUGACGACACUGCGUGAGGAUUACCUGCGCCCCAUCACCUCCAUCUUGUACCCGGACUAUGGAGGCCUGGGGCUGGACAGUCACAAAGCGUUUGUGGUGAAGUACGCGGUCGACCAAGACCGUGACCUCAGCUUCCACUAUGACAACGCAGAGGUCACCCUCAACCUGUCCCUGGGGAAGGAUUUCAGUGACGGCAACCUGUACUUUGGAGACAUGCGGCAGGAUGCCAUGAGUGGGGGUGAGAGUGUGGAGGUAACACACCGGCCAGGUUACGGCCUGCUACAUCGUGGACAGCACUGCCACGGGGCGCUGCCCAUUGCCGGCGGUGAGCGCUGCAACUUCAUCGUGUGGAUGCGCUCGUCACAGUUCCGCAACCACCUGUGCCCCAUGUGUGACCGGCGGCCGCAGCUGGAGCACGCAGACGGCUAUGGUGACGGAUUCACCGGCCCACCUCCUCCUGACCACAGGCCCCAACCCGGCAACACCUGCUCCCUCACCUAGACAGUCUCCCCCUGCAGUCUGUCCCUCAACCUGUCUCUCCCUGAAUCAGUCUCCACCUCAUUGAGCGACCCCCUCAACUAGUCUACCCCUUGCACACUUUCCAUGAAUGACUGACACCCCCCCCCCCACCCUGCCUCCUGUGUGAUCGCCCAGUGCCUCUUCCCUCGGCUCCCAGACUCUGGUCCUGCCCAGAGUCACUGCCACCACACCUGGCCCCGUCACCACACCUGGCCCCUCCACCACACCUGGCCCCUUCACCACACCUGGCCCCGUCACCACACCUGGCCCCGUCACCACACCUGGCCCCGUCACCACACCUGGCCCCUUCAACACACCUGGCCCCUCCACCACACCUGGCCCCUUCACCACACCUGG